AGCAAACUUGUGUGAGAUAAGAACCAGCUCAAAACUUCCCAGCUCCGUUCACAAGCUCCAGCCACCUUCACCUCCUCGUUCCUGCCUGUGCCCCUGCAAAGGGAUGGGAUUGCUCCUGAAGGUUUUCAUCCCUUUGUUGGGAGCAGCACUGGCCUUUUAUUUUUAUUCAGCACCUGAGAACUUCGAUGAAGAGAUGCUGCGGGGCAAGCGGGUGAUCGUGACGGGAGCCAGCAGCGGCAUCGGGGAGCAGAUGGCUUAUCACCUGGCACGGAUGGAGGCCCACCUGCUGCUCACGGCACGGACAGAGGCCAAGCUGCAGAAAGUCGUGGAGCGGUGCCUGGAGCUCGGCGCUGCCUCCGCCCGCUACAUCAGCGGCUCCAUGGACAGCCCCAGCCUGCCCCAGCAGCUGCUCAGGGAGGCUGAGAACACCUGGGGUGGCCUGGACAUGCUCAUCCUGAACCACAUCGGCCAGAGCAGCUUCACCUACUUCAGUGGGGACGUGGAGCACGUCCGAAAGCUGAUGGAGACCAACUUUGUGAGCUACGUGGCCUUGGCCACGGCUGCCCUGCCCAUGCUGAAGGAGAGCGAGGGCAGCAUCGUGGUGGUUUCAUCCAUUGCAGGUAGGAUUGCUGGCCCUUUCACUGCUCCCUAUUCUGCAACCAAGUUCGCCUUAGAGGGAUUUUUCAGCUCCUUGAGGCAGGAACUCAUCAUAGACAAGGUGAACGUUUCCAUCACCCUCUGCAUCCUGGGCUACAUCAACACAGAGAGCGCCGUGCGCGCCGUGUCCCACGUCAUCCCCGACACGCCGGCCCCCAAGGAGGAGUGUGCCCUGGAGAUCAUCCGGGCAGGAGCCCUGCGCCACAGGCAGCUGCACUACCCGGCCAGGGCCGUGGGCACCAUGCUGCUCAUCCACAGCAUCGCCCCCGAGCUCUUCGAGUCCAUCGUCCGCGGCAGCUACCGCCUGGAGAACGUCAGGAGAACGUAGUCCCGAGCUGUGAGGGACACUGGGGCUAGCAGGAUGGGUCUGGAUGGUCACCCAGCUGCCUGGGGGCCCCUUUGCACCACUGGGGCGUCCCAGUGCUGGCACAGGACACUCCAGGGGUCUGUAAUGCAGCACAGAAAUGUCCUUUUUAGUAAUGGGCUCCUGUAAAGGGCUUUUUCCAAUCAGGGGCGCUUCAGAGAAGUCCUGCAGCAGCAUCUGCUGCCAGUGUCCUGCUCACCAGCAGGAUUCCUGCUCACCCUGCAGAAACUGCUCCCCCUGGAAAGUCACUGGGGCAGCUGAGCUGAGCCCUGGCCCAGAACCAGGGCUUGGGCCAAGCAGCACAAACCACCCAAAGCCACGGGAGUCUCUGGACCUGGAGAUUUUCUGUCACACAUCCCUUCCAUGCCGGUCUUUGUAAAAAUAAAUCCAAUGUUACUUUGAGAUCUCUGCUUUUCCGGGUGUUCCUUCCCCACGUGCACAAGCAGGGAGCCCUUAUCAGCGCCCAGCACCCUUAUCAGCGCCCAGCUGGCUAAACCGACCUCCUCCCGAUUUGCAUUAACGAAGCUUUCACUUCUCUAAAGACCUUAAUGAAUUUCUGCCAUUCCUGACCUCUCCUCAGCUGCCAAAAACACACUUUUUUCCCCCCCUCUUUCAAAUCUGCAAGAAGCCUUAAAAUAAUAGCAUUACUGUACUUCCCUAAGUCUGGAUUUCUCCAAGCCGCUCGGGGAAACUCCGUCCCCGAGUGCCACGAGCAGCUCCAAGAGCCAGCACCCGAGCUCUGUGUCACAGGCCAGCACGGGGAGAUGCCCCAAAAGAUAAGUGCUGGCCCUGCUCGGAGCCAGGCUGGAGACUCGGGGCUCCCAGGAUGAGCCUGACCCCGCUGUGAGCCGGGCUGGGAGCACGCACAGGAACCGGGGCUCGGCCGCAGCUGCAACGUUUCCUGUUUGACACAGAGCAAGGACAGCGAGAGGCAGGAUGAGGUG